GGUUCCUGUUUUUUGGCCAAUCAUAUAUCAACUUUCGAUUGGUGUGGAAAAUCUUAACAAUCUAAUGGAAACUCUAAUUGCCAUGUGCGAUAUAACCGGAUAUUUAAUCGUUUAUUGUUCAGUUAUACAAAACCAACAAACCCUAGCAAAAAUUUUGAAAGAUAUCAACAUAUUUUCGAAGUAUUGUAACAAAGAAGUUAUACUAGAAGCGGACGAACAAUGUACCUACUACACCAAAUAUCUCCUUAUUUAUUUAGCUGUUGGACUAGGCUGCAAUUUGGGCUGGCCUUUGAUAUCCACAAAACAUUGUAUUAGAAGCAGAGGUACGGACUUUCACUUGAAACAUAACCCAUGUGGAAUGCCUACACAAAAUUUUUAUCCAUUUGAUGCUAGCAAACCGCAUAUCUUUUGGAUAGUUUAUAUGAUGGAGGCCAAUUACUGUGUUCAUAUUUGCUAUGCAUUUUCUCUAGCAACUGCCAUGGUUACAGGAUUACUAAUACAUAUCAUCGCACAACUAAAAAAUUGUGGCGCAAUGUUUGAAAACGUUUUUAAUGAAAAUGAAGAAAAUCUAGAUGGUUUUAAGGAUGCCGCCAAACGAAAAUUUAUAACUUGCGUUAAAUACCAUCAAGAGAUAUUACUAUAUACGGAAAGAGUGUUUAAUGUCUUCAGCCGAAUGUUGAUUAUUUACGUAACCAUGACAUCUUUUACUCUAGCAACAGAUUGA